AUGAGCGGUAUAAACUUGUCCACGAAUUCGUCACCCGACAGCAGUGAUAUUAAUAGCUUCCAUUCGAUCGACAUCGAAUCGCCGACAGUUGUGGCUCAGAAAUAUUACGGAAAUUCAAUCAUCGUAGCUCCUAUCUUACCACAACCUAGGUAUACUAAUCAAAAUAACCAAAAAUCAUUAACAUGGAAUAUAUCGUUGACUUAUGAUCAAGAUGAAGUAUCUGAAAACUUUUUAAGGAUGUAUAAUGAACCAACAACAGUUGCUGAAAAAUUUGGUUCAGCUAUACUAGUGGUUCCCGAGAACAUAAGAAAACAAGCUGAUGAAUUAUUUAAACCUUCGGAAAUCAAUCCAAACGAAAUAUUUGAUUGGUUAAACACUAAAGUCUCGUGGAUUCUUCCAUCCAGUUAUCAACAAUACCUUAAGUCUAUUCCCCCAAACGUAUUGGAGAAGAGGGAAAGACACGUGCUGUAUCCUUGGACGCAGUGGAACACGUCGACGGGCACGCAGCACCGUCCGUCGCUCAACAUAACCGUAGCGUCCCCAUUGGCGUCCGACCAGUCGAUGUCGUCGUCGUCGUCGUUGUCUUCGUCGUCGGUCUACGCGCACGCGUCACACUGCAGAUCGCCCGACAAUAACAACAACAACAACAGCAGCAGCAACAACAACAACAACAACUCGUUCGGUUACCGUAGCGACGGUGGCGGCAACGGGACGCUAGCGACACCGACGGCGGUAGACUGCACGUUAUCGUCUUCUUCGGCCAGCGACCUGAGCUUUUCGUAUUGGGCGGGCGUCGACGCCACGUCUUCGCCGCAACAGCACCACUAUCUCCAGCACUACAAUCAACAACAACAACAGUCGGUCGGCUGGACACCGGCGACCGUCCGUUCGUCGCCGUCCGACUGCGGCCGGUCGGUGUCGUCGGCCGAGUUCGUGCACUACAACUCCACCGCGGACGGCCGCUCGCCAUCACCGACGUCUGUGCGCUGGCCGUCUCGCUUGUUCUACUGCGUUAACGCCGACAACAACACGAUCAACAAGUUGGUGGAACACUACUGCACUUUUUGCUACAAGAACCACGAGCCACCCGAAGUGUACGGCGGCCACCUGGUCCGGGACGAGACGCGCACCACUUGUCCUAAGCUCAGGGCGCUCCGGUGCAAGCACUGCAACGGCACCGGCGACAACGCGCACACCAUCAAGUACUGUCCGUUUUUGUACUCAAACUACAGUUGAUGGACGGCACUCGAUCGCGCAGGGUAGACUCGCGAUCGAACGA